UGGAGUCGUCCCGGAGGCUGAACCUGUAUGGCCGAAUUUUAAGAGUGAUGUAUAUUCUUUUGGUGGUGUCAUGUUCUUUAUCAUCUCGGGGGACAUACCAUGGAAAGAGAAGAAAAACUCAACUCAAAUCAUCGUUGAGCUAUCGAAAAGCGCAACUCCUGCUCGCCCCAACAACAUUCUUGAUGACCACUGGAAUUUGAUUCAAAAAUGCUGGUCUUGGGACCCAGAUCAUCGCCCGUUGGCUACGGAAGUCAUUGGAUACCUUGCAACGAAAACCACCCCAUUUUGGGGAGGGCCGAAAUGCCUGAAAGGUCCCACUAUCCCGACCAUACUUCCUGAAAUGGCUGAAAGAACUAUCCUCCCUCCUAAAAUGGCUACAAGGACCAAGCGUGGCAUCACUUCAACGAGUUCCAAUACCCCUACACUACUACGUCCUAGCAGGCUAGGUCUCACUAAAAACAUUGUCAUUUUUGGAGAGAGUGGCGUCGGGAAAAGCUCUAUCAUCAACCUCCUCGCAGGGUACCGGGUUGCUAGGACCUCUCCGGACAACGGACAUUGUACAUUGCGCUAUGAAGCGUAUAAUGUCACCAUCAGGGGCGUGCCGUACCGCAUCCAUGAUUUUCCCGGGAUUGACGGCAAUCGCAUGGACCCUAGCGGAUUUCUCGACGUCUUGAGGGUUAACGGAGGAGUCCAUCUGCUGCUGUACUGCAUCAAGGCAGGCAAGAUACCACCGACGUUCGUCACCAACUACAGGCUAUUCUAUGAAUUUUUCUUCGAGGAGAAGAUACCAGUUGCGCUCAUCGUUACUCACCUGGAGAGGGAGGACCCCAUGGAUGACUGGUACACGCGAAACAAGGGAUCGUUUGACCGCCAUGCAGUCAUGUUUAAGAAAUACGACGCAUCCAAAAAGGAAGUGAGUGACUUGAUCACACGAAAUGAAGAUACGGUAGUGGACUGGAAUGGAGGAGAUAGGUGGCUUGCCCGGUUCAUUGGAAAGUUGAAAGACCUCUUAACGGGACGUCCAAGCAAGUCAGACAUUUUUGGGGUCCUCACGAAGCGCUGCGGAAUGGAGGUUAACCUAGCAAAAGACGUGAUCCAAAAACUUAAUAGAUGACGUGAGUUUACUCGUUACGAUAGCUGGACACAGAGGCUGUUUCAUUAUGAUUGGUUAUCACCAUGUAAUACGACUGUAGGCGGGGACUAGAAUAUUCAGUUCUGCUAUUCUUCCUA